CUUCAUGGGUUUCAUCUUCUUCCUCAUGUCUGGGUGUUUGUGCUACGUGAGCACGUCUGCAGAUCUCAGUAAGUCAGCAAAUCUUCAGUCUAAUAAAGAGGAAAUAUCAUCUGUUUGCUGCUCUUCCGAACCGGGUAGAUCUCCACCGCGUUUCCAGCCAUGGGAGCUGAUUUGGUCUGUGCAGUUCUGUUCGCCGUUGCUUUGCUGCUGUCAGCCGUCGGAUGCGACGUGAACUGUAACGGCCAUCCAGGAGAACUUGGACCUCCUGGACGGGACGGGCUGGCUGGGAUGAAAGGCCAGAAGGGAGAACCAGCUGUCUGGAUGGACGGCCCAAUGGACCCAAGCAUGCUGCUGAGGCUGAGAGGGGACAAAGGAAGCUCGGGGCCACAAGGGCCGAUUGGUCCAAAGGGUUACCGUGGUGACGUGGGAGCAGCAGGAAUGGCCGGCCGGCCUGGUCCACCCGGUCGAGUGGGGAUGAACCUCAACCCCGGUCAAAGUUCGUCCAAUCAGGAAACUCACUCAGCUUUCUCUGUGAAGAGAGAUGUCACCAAAUAUCCACCUUUCAACCAGAAAAUAACCUAUCAGGAGGCCGUCGUCAACACCAACAACAAUUUCGCCAUAAACACCGGCAUCUUCACCUGCAGAACACCUGGUUUUUAUUACUUCACCUUCCACUCCAUUGCCAAGGUCAGCAUGUGCCUGGGUUUAGUCAAAGAAGGAGAAGAAGAGAAAAUAGUGUUUUGUGAUGAAAACACUAGGAACUCUGAACAGGUUCUGUCUGGGGGAGUCGUGUUGGAGCUGACGGCGGGACAGAAAGUCUGGCUGGAGUCCUACAGAGACCAACAGCAAAACCUGCAGAUCCAGAAAGACGCCGACGCAAGAGACCUCAGAGAGAAACUGAUCAUCUUCAACGGCUUCCUGAUCUUCUCAAAUUCAUAAUAAAACUAGUCGAGUCCUGAUUUCAGUCUCUGAGGUUCAGCAGCUGCAUCACGUAAAAUGUUUUCAUAUCUACUCAUUUCAGAGCCGAUCGAUUUUUAUUAGACCCUGACUCUGAACCUAAAGCUGAUCAUUUAAUGGAGUGGAGUCCAAACGUUUGGGAACUACUCCAAGGGCCACCAAAUGUUUAGUAUUUUUUAUUAUAAUUUUUAUUUGCUGAAGAAACAAACUUACCACACCAUGUUGUAAUGAAAUAAGCAAAGCAGUCAGAUUUCUGUAGUUCUUUGUAGACAUAAAACAAAAAAGGUUCUUGCAGGUUUGACAGAUUUUUAAAAAAAUCCAAUUUAAAUUAGUAAAAUUUUUUCUGCUUUUUUCUUUCUUCUGUUUUUAGCAACAGGAAGAGUAUGUGGCUCACUCUUGCCUUAUUUUUCCAAGUUUAUUAAAUACAGGAGGUUUUCUGUACUUAUUCCUAAUAAAAUUUAAAGAUGAACACUUUGUGUUGCACAUCAGAUUUUACACUUUAAGAUUUUGAAAUGCAGAUCUGCAUCAACUGCCUGAACCAGCAAAACAUUUUUAUGCUAUUUUUGAACUGUGAUCAAUGGCCACCCAAAAUUAUUCUGAAGUCCACAAAUGGCCCUCGGGCCGCACUUUGGUCACCUCUGCUUUACUGUAAUAAAUAUAACUCAAAAUGUUUCUUUAUUUUAAUUCCAGUAGCAUCAGUUCACAAAGCAAAUAAAUUAAAAUUCUUUAAAAUUUAGAUUCUUGUUCUGCUAACAUCUAUGUUUGCUUUAUGGUUUUUUUUAUUGCACUAAAAUAAUAAAUUUUAUUUUUUAACCUUGGUUCUUUUUUGUGGUGUUUGUUUUAUUUUUUGUUUGGGCCCAGCUUGUUUUUGUUUUGUUGAAUUGUUGGUUGUAAUUCUGUGUGUAUUUCUUUGGGAAUAUUGUUUAACACCAAUGUUUUUUUUUUCUUUCCUCCUUGGUAAUGUAAUUGUCUCCACCCCUUAAUUAGUUCAGGCCAUGCUUUAAAAGCCAGGUGUAUGGAAUUAGUGAAGAAAUGGCUCCUUCCUAUUGUGUGGAAUAUUUGGCUGUGAAAUGUAGUGUGAUGUUCAAAGAACUACAUAAAGAAACCGUUUAGAGCUCUA